UUCCUCCUCCUGCCCUUUAGUUACAUUGUAUCCCCCUUACUGAAAGGAGCGAGGGAUCUAGGACUCAACUCAAGGGGAAAAAAUGAAUGAAUAUACGUGAAAAUGGACGUGCCGAGAUGUUGGAUUUAUCGUCUUGGAGUUUAAGAAAGCCGUAUUUGAAGAAAGCUGUGAGAUUUCGAUCCUGCGAUGCCAGUUUCAGGGCAGUGUUUGCAUUUCUGAACGGGAUCUUUAGGAGUGUGAUGGCUGCUGGCCUUCCUUUUCUCUAGUUGCUGGAUGUGUUGGGAAGUGCACUGCUUUGGGAUCAUUUUGGGAAUUCCGUGCGCAAAUCCAGAGGCCUUUCCAGCUUCCUCUAUGGAAUGUACAUAAGUAGGAUUCUCUGGAUAGGGGUUCGCGUGUGGGGGCAAAAUGUGGGCGACUGGGAAGUUGACAUCAAUACGUUGAGGCCACUGUUCUCCUUCUCCCCGCACCCUGGCAGUCUGAGAAAUCAGACGUUACUGUGACAAACCUGGGCCGCUGGCACUAAAAUGUCCCUAAGUGGUGGCACUGCAGGCGGGAAAGGUGUGGACUCGAAUGCGGUGGACACUUACGACAGCGGUGAUGAGUGGGAUAUCGGGGUUGGAAAUCUGAUUAUCGACCUUGACGCUGACCUAGAGAAGGACAAACUCGAGAUGUCUGGCACCAAGGACGGAGGGGGAAUGGCAGCUCCACCUAGCGCAGUAGCGGCUCUGCCAGACAAUAUUAAGUUCGUUAGCCCAGUUAGUGCCCCUCAGGGCAAAGAGAGCAAAUCCAAAUCCAAACGCAACAAAAAUUCGAAAGACAAUAGCAGCAAGUCUCCGGCUGCAGACGGAGCGAAAAAGGAGCAUCAGGGACGGACCCAAGGGGAGGUUACUGGUGCGACCGGGAGUUCAGGAGGCGGCAACUCCGCUACGGGCAAAGGUGCCGAGAAGGGCGCCAAGGCCUCGCGCGGCGUGCCAAACAGCAAAAAGGAAAAGGAAGUAUCGAGUGGGAAAAACAAGAAGGAAAAAAGCGAAAGCGCACCAGUUGCGGUCGUGGCAAUUGAGAAGGAGAUAGUUGCCAACGCUCAGGCGUUUGGAGGCACGCGCAACACGCCCUUUGACAAUACGCAGAACGCGGACGUUGCUGUGACGGAGCAGCUUGGGAAUAACGCUCUGGAAACUGUUGGAAUUGUCUCUCCGUUAGCUAUUAAAACCGAGCCGGAGGAGCUUGACGGGGAAUGCCGAGUUCUCAAGAAGAUGAAAAAUGAAAAGAUGGAGUCUCCGGUCUCCACCCCGGCUCCUCCGCCGCUUCACCUCCUGUCCUCUAUGGGAAACAGUGAUAUCGCCUCACCUUGUGAGCAGCUCAUGGUGCGCACACGCUCGGUGGCCGUCAACACAUCAGAUGUGGCCCUGUCCACAGAGCCGGAGUGCCUGGGACCCUGUGAGCCGGGCACCAGCGUCAACCUGGAGGGCAUCGUGUGGCAAGAAACCGAGGACGGUAUGCUGGUGGUUAACGUUACCUGGAGGAACAAAACGUAUGUCGGAACACUUUUGGAUUGUACACGUCAUGACUGGGCCCCUCCAAGGUUCUGCGAGUCUCCCACAAGUGACCUAGAGAUGAGAAAUGGACGUGGCCGUGGUAAAAGAAUGCGACCCAAUAGCAACACCCCAGUCAAUGAGAACAGCAACUCGUCUGAUAAUAAGGGCAGCAACAACAGCAAGACGAGAGCAAGUUCCAACAGCAAGGGUAGGCGUGGAAGCCAAAACUCCUCUGAGCGCAGGACUCCACCCAACAGCAACACAGAGGACAUAAAAGCCAGUCCCUCCUCAGCCAGUAAGCGCAAGAGCAAGCCUACAUCAGACAUGGAGCCCAACUCCAGCUCUGAGGAUUCUAAAGGCAAUAAGCGUAUGCGCACAAAUUCAAACGGUGGAAUGACCUCUUCUGCACUCCCAAUACCUAUCAUCAAAACUGAGUCACUUCCUCCUCCACUAGACCGAACCUGCCCCUCACCUGUACUGAUCGACUGCCCACAUCCCAACUGCAACAAGAAGUACAAGCACAUCAAUGGCUUGAAGUACCAUCAGGCGCGUGCACAUAAUGACGAUGAUAUUAAGUUGGAUAUGGAUGGGGACAGCGAGUAUGGGGAAGAAUCCUCUCUCCACCCUGAGCCAGGAACUUGCAAUGGAGCUUCAAUUACACAGAAAGGCUCGCUCUCCCCAGCACGGUCUGUCACGCCUAAAGGAAGGGGCUUUGAUGCUCAGAGUCCAUCUCCCUCUCCUGGAAAGUUUGGCUCUAAGACAAAGAAAAAGAAUUGUGAUGUUGAAGCAGACGUUUGUGGCACACCAAUGGAGGGUUGUGAGGAUGGACCUUGCGUCACUGCUGAUGAGGCUAGCAAUGAUGGCAUAGAGGACAGGAAGUCCAAAAAGCCCAACAGCAAUGUCAAGUCCGACAAGCUGUGCCAGAAGAACAUGAAAUCUUCCAGGUCCAUGGCUCCAUCCCUCCCUUCUCAGCAGAUGUAUGCUCUGCAGCCAACACCAUUCAGUGGUGGGAGCCCCAACCAUCCCCCUGGGUUGGCCAACUUGUUGCAGGGUAUCCCCAAGAGUCCCCAGCUGAAAGGCAUGCAGUCUAAGUUAGGUGUAGCUGGGGACUUGUCGCCAAUUAAUCCAGCCUUGAGCAGCUCCAAGGACAAAAAGAAAAAGGACAAGAAAAAGAAAGAUUUGGCCAAGGAUGCAGACAGCCCCAAGCUCCCAGCAAAAAGUGGGAAAACUGAAGAGGAGAAAAGUCCAUAUUCUGAAUCCUCUGACCCAGGAAGCAGAAGUGAGGGUCAUCUCAAUGGCUCCUCGGACCCUCAUCAAAGCCGCCUUGCGAGCAUGAAGGCUGAGGCGGAUAAGAUAUACAGCUUCACUGAUAAUGCCCCCAGUCCAUCCAUCGGGGUGGCCAGUCGUGUGGAUAGCAGCGGACAGCCUCUCACUCCUCUUCACGUUGUCACCCAGAAUGGGGCUGAUAGCUCCUCGGUUAAGACGAAUAGUCCUGCAUACUCUGACAUAUCUGAUGCCGGAGAGGAUGGGGAAGGCAAAGCGGAAGGGGUCAAAGUCAAGACGGAAGAUCAGUCAGGCAGGGAUAGUGCGAAAAAGGCUCUCUUUCCCUCUCAGGCAUCCUCUAAGGAAUCUUCAUAUUAUGCUAGCUAUGACAACUACUAUUCUCCAAGUUACACCCACCCUAGCCCUGGUAGCUCCACAGCUAGUGGGCCUCUACCAGAUGGCCAACCUGUGAAACUGAAGAAGGAAGACGAACAAGAAUUGCCGGAGGAGAAGGCGAAGGUGGAUGUGCAGGAUGAGCGCAAAGCUGAGGUCGCUUCAAGUCACCCACACCAACAGCAGCAAGCCUCGGUCAUUCAGCAGCGCUCCAAUAUGUACAUGCAGCCACUCUACUACAACCAAUACUAUGUCCCCCCAUAUGGAUACCCGGACCAGGUUUAUCACAACCACCUCAUGAACACUAAUCCAACCUACAGGCAGCAGUAUGAGGAGAGGCAGAGACUUAUGGCCGAGCAGCACAGGUCUGCUGAGAAAAAGCCUGAUUUCGGUGUAAAGGACAGGGAAACCUCACUGAAGGAGGACUGGAAACAGAAGGGCCCUGUUCCACCAGGCCUAACAAAAGCCCCCAGCCUUUCAGACCUGGGAAAGCCACAGGCCACUGGCAAGCAGAGAGACACUUCCUCCGAACCUGUCAAGUCAGUGAUCAUCCCUAAAGGGGAGGAGGUCAAGCUACAGCCACAGCAGGCUGAGGGGCUUAAAAUGAAGCUUAGUGAAGCUGGCCAUCAUGGAAAGGAUGACUCAAAGGCAAGUGUAGAGUCUGCCAGGCUGGGUAUGGAGCAAGCCAUGUGGUACAGACAGUACUCUGACAGUCAGAGACCGCCAGAUGAGGAGCGAGACAGGGAGCGAGACAGAAAAGGCAAAGAGGAGAGGCCCAGGCUGAAAGACAGCAGCUCAAAAGAAGAUGGUAAAGAUGGAACUGAUGGUUCAUGUCCUCCCAACACUGAGGACCAUCGAAGCGGAGGGAAAGAUCCCCGGCCCAAUGCCCACAUACCUUUCAGCUCCCCCUUGACACAGCACCAACCCUACCUGCAUUACAUGCAUGGAUAUCCUUUUGGACAAAGCUACGAUCCCAACCAUCCUGGAUACAGAGGAAUGUCCUCCGUCAUGAUGCAGAACUACCCAGGGUCGUAUCUGCCAGCGGGAUACCCUUUCUCUCCUUACGGCAGUAAAAUGGGAGGUGGAGAGGAAGCAGAGAAAUCUCGCUCCAGCCCCACAGUCAGCAACAAGUCCGCUUCAGAGUCCAAAGCCUUGGACAUACUACACCAACAUGCCAACCAGUACAAGAGCAAAUCGCCUACCGUUGCCGACAAGCCCUCCCAUGAAAGGGAGCGAGGGGCAAGCGACCGAGAGCGGGAAAGAGAGAGGGAUCGAGAGAGGGAGAGAGAAAUGGAUCGGCCUCGAUCAUCUCCCUCCCAACGCCUAAUGCCACCCCACCACCACCACCAUCAUCUAGGCUAUCCCCUUGUAGCCGGGCAGUACGAUCUAUCUUACGCCACAGGCCUUUCAUCGUCAGCAAUUGUUGCCAGUCAGCAAGCCUCAGCCCCUUCCCUGUACCCACCAGCACGGAGGUGAGAAUGGGAAACCUGAUUGUCUCGCCCUUCUUUACAAUUAAUCAUGUGACUGGAUCACAUGGGGAAGUAUAUGGAGUUCAUUUAGACAUCAGUUGAAUGGUGUUUCUAUAUUUUUAGUUUUUCUGCCGGAAUGUGUGGCAGAUUGAUGUUUUCCUAGUAUCCGUACCUCGUACCCCGCUACAGACCAGGUUUAAAGCCAUCCCGCCCUGCUCAAAGCCCAGCCGGCCACUGGACUCUUGCCUGUGAACUGGCGAGGAAUGAUUGAAAAGCAAGGACUGUCGUUGAACUCGCCCGACGCGGGCUGUGGCCGGGCUGAGGCGAGGACUCGAGGGGACGUAAGAACACAAAGACUGAAAAUAGUUUUAUCACACUGAGAUAACUAAAGUUGUUUCCUUUUUUAUUUUAGUUGGCAUCCUCACUGAAAACAACAAAAAAAAAUGUUUUUUUUGAAUUGCUCUCUGCGGAUAAUAUCUAGCAUUGUCUCAUAACUCUGUCUUUCUGCCUUUGGUUCCUAAACGGUUCUCACCGCCACAUGCCUCAAGACUGCUCUUAUUUUUUUUUUUUUUUCCUUUUCCCAUGCCUGGCUUCUCCAUCAUCCGCAUGGUUCUGUGUAACAACCGCCAGUAAGUUAUAGCACUCUGCUUAAACUGUGUAGGAGACAGUCAUGCUGUUUUAGACAGUCAUUCACGAAAUAUAAUUUUAGCGAGCACAGUCUUUCAGAAGAACAUCAGCGGUCCGUUUACUCCACUUGGUUAUCCUUCAACUUGAAUCCGAACAUCCUCCUUGGCUACCUUACCUCAUCGCUGACCGAAUUUCCGAUUUAUCGCUGUGGUUCUUAAAAUGGAUGUUUGUUAAUGUGACGAGGUAUAGUAAGUUCUUCUAGAGAGACGCUAUGGGGUGCGUGACACCAGAGGCCCAGUAGUUUCGUUCUUGCAUGGGGCCGCUCUAUCCCUGAACACUUAUCGUGGAAGUGUCGUGAUGAUAACUCCAGCGUGUUUGAUGAAACCAAGUGAGCGUUUGACCCGAACAUGCUUUCAUAGCCCAUCAUGCUCUGUGUUCUUUCAUGUGUCGUCCAGCAUGGUGUACUAUAGCACUAGAAAUGUGACUUUUUAACGGUGUCUCCUCAGGCAAAGCAAACUUUGGUUUCGCACCAAACGCUGACUCUCUUGGUUGCGCACACUAUGUGAUGUACAGAGGGACUGUUUUAAAAUGCUAUCAAGCGACCAUCUGAUUUCUUUGAUGUUUUGAAAUCUGUCUCUUGGGUGUGCUUUUCUUUUCCUGUCCGGUCUCUGCUCGGCUUAGUCUUGGGAAUCUCUCAAUCUAAAAUCUCGACCAGUCGUAGCUCAUGGUGGAUCUCAGGCCCAGUUUCCUGGUCAACGCUGAUGUUUUCAAACGAGCAGAUCGAAUUUAACAGGCUCCGUGGGAACGAGACGACGGACAGGCGUUCGGAGGAUUACGUUGACUCGUUCCCUCUCUCCCAUGUGUAAGGUUACAAUUGAAAAAAGCACCAUGGUACACUGAAUACUAAGAGAAAUGGGCUGUUACACAUCCAAAUAUGACAUUUGAUAUUAGGUAGGCUACAUUUGGGAUGUACGAAUUCUUUCAAACCUGAACAAUUGAUUCAAUUCCCUCAUGGUUUUUGUCAGCACAUGAAAAUUGUCAAAUGGUGCUCAGCUGACACGCUGUGAUUUGUUGGAAAGAGGAUGCAGUGCACUAUUGCAUGCUUUACGUCAUUUUCACCUCUUUCCUGUUGCGCUUCGUCCCAAGUGUUUCCCAAAAGACAACUUAUCACCAAGUAUCAGGCCCCGGUACUUAAAGAAUGUUUACAUUUUGUUUUUUUUAAUGGUUUUGUUUGGAUUUUUUUUUUUUUUUUUUGCUGUAUCACCCAAUUCCUCCUGUUCUUUCUUGGACUGUUCUCUUAUGUAAAGUGUACAUUACCACGUUUCUUUUUUAUACAAUACUGUAACUUGCCUUUGUACAUUUAGGCAAAAAAAAUAAAUCUUUUUAUGAGACAAUCACA